AUGGUGCAUACAGGUGAAAAACCUCAUGAGUGUCCAGAGUGUGGGCAAAGAUUCACACAGAGUGGAACUCUGAACAGACACAGGAAGGUACACACGGGUGAUAAGCCUUACGAGUGUCCUGAGUGUGAAGAAAGGUUUUGUCGACUAGGAAAUCUGAAGACUCACUGGUUGGUGCACACAGGUGAAAAACCUUACGAAUGUCCACAGUGUGGAAAAAGAUUCAGCCAACGUGGAACUAUGAACAGACACAGAAGGGCGCAUACAACUGAAAUACUUAACGGCACUCGUUGUUAUACCAGUUUACUUUUCUUUCAGGAUAUUGAGGUUGGAUAUUAUAACAAAAUGCAAACGGGUGAUAAAUCAUAUGGGUGUAAUAAGUGUAGGAAAAGAUUCAAUCAACAAGGAAAUCUGAAGAUUCAUAUGAUGGUGCAUACAGGUGAAAAACCUCAUGAGUGUCCAGAGUGUGGGCAAAGAUUCACACAGAGUGGAACUCUGAACAGACACAGGAAGGUACACACGGGUGAUAAGCCUUACGAGUGUCCUGAGUGUGAAGAAAGGUUUUGUCGACUAGGAAAUCUGAAGACUCACUGGUUGGUGCACACAGGUGAAAAACCUUACGAAUGUCCACAGUGUGGAAAAAGAUUCAGCCAACGUGGAACUAUGAACAGACACAGAAGGGCGCAUACAAGUGAAAUACUUAACGGCACUCGUUAG